CCUCUGUGUGGGGGUAGAGAGAGAGAGAGAGAGAGGUGUACAGGGUGAAUUCUGCGUGGAAGAAAAGAGGAAGAAACAGAGGGCCCUUUUCUCCCUAGAUUCACCUGUGGAAGGGAAUUAACAAACAGGCGAUAAGAAGAUAAGGAACAACCUUGUCAUUGAGCUUUGCUUCGGUUUAACGUGCAUCAAGUUCUGCCCUCGUUCUCCACCGCGAUCACAAAUCUCUCUCUCUCUCCACUUUAAUCUCUGUUCAACGCCACUCUGACAAAACUCGGGGGAGUUCAGUCUGACUUGAGAGGAAAGGGCAUUAGAAACCAUCAUAAGUAUCUGCCCUGCAGGAGGAAGACGUAUCUUUAAAGCCCCCACCCCUUCUUCCCCUGCUGUCUCUCCAAUAUGACCUUGCUGGCGUCUGAGAGGUCACUGCUCAUCCGCAAUAAGUUUCGCUCAGUUCUGCAGUUGAGAAUACAGAACCGCAGACAGCAGAAUGAACUUAAUGCAGAGUCUGGUACAAAGGCCUCCGUCCCUGAUAAAGUUAGGGAGAAAGAAGCCAGCAGUGGUUUGCAUCAGACUGAAGAUGUUCCCACUCAGAAGUCGCCCCCUAGUGGUCUGACUGCUCAAACUGACCCAGACAGGAGUUAUAGAGGAGCUCACAGGCAAAAGAAGGCCCGUCUGGCUGAGGAUCUGAGUAAGAAAAUCCAGAGUCAGCCUGGACCACUUGAACUCUUGCAGAGGCAUAUUCUGCCUCUAGAGAACACUGCUUCAUUGCCAUCAGAUGUCUUUGAAGAUGACAACUACUCGUCUGCCUCUGCAUCUCCCGAGCAACUCGGGAUGCACCAGUCUCCUGGCUUAUCAUCAUCACCUGGGCAAGGAGGUGACCAAUCGCUUAGUGAUGUGUCAUCUGUUGCUACGCCCAUCAGCCCAAACAGUGUACAGCAGUGUAGAUUGGCAUUGCUCCCGGGAACCGAGGGCAUCAGCCAACCAAUGACCAUGACUGUAACAGGGUCAAACUCCAUAUCAACAACUGGGAGACCCAAGGGGAUGUACAUGCCCUCCCAGACACCAGCACUGCUGCCAAAGAUACGCAAGCCUUCAGCUCCACCUUCUCAUUCCAUUCUGGGUGGGUCCUUAACUUCAUCCCGCCCUCCGCGGCCACGAAAGCCUCGCGAUUCAAAACCUAAAAUGAGGAAGUUGAAAUAUCAUCAGUACAUUCCCCCAGAUCAAAGGACUGGGACUGGAAGCGGAGCAGGAAGUGCUUCACAAAAGAAUAAUAGUAGUCGGUCUCCGCCCACUGACUCCUCUCACUCCCACCUCUUGCAACAACAGCAGGUGUUCUUACAACUACAAAUUCUUAACCAGCAACAACAGCCCCCUGUGACAAACAGUGAGAAUCAUCUGAAGAUUUCUGGAACUACGCCUCAAAGUUCCCCUAAAUCUGGAACACCAUCAACAAACCCGUCUACUCCUGAUACAAGUCCCAUCCACCAGGCAGAGUUACUGCCCUUAAACCUUGAUGACUUAACAGUGUCAGUUCUUCGGCAGCAGUUGCGGAAACGUGGACUCCCAGUUUCUGGCACUAAGCCUGCAUUAUUAGAGAGACUUCGUCCUUUCCAGAUGCCUCGUCCCUCAUUAACACCUGCGCCGCUUUGCCAGCUAGGGGCCAAGCUAGAGUCAACCCACCCUGCCAGCCUCAAACAACUCCCUACCAGCUUAGACCCCUCCGCCAACCCUGCACCAAUGUACAUCAACCCUUCGGGUUUAGCAGAGCAAAGCCUAGGUAGUGAUAGUUACCUCACUUCUCCUUCAUCUGCUGGCUCCAGCCCAAACUUACAUAGAUCCUCCCCUCCAAUGCCCUCUGGUACUACUUGGAGGCCAGGCCAGGCAGUAGAUGAACUUAGUGUGGAGCUGGAAAUGAGAGAGAGGAUGAGGAGCAGACCAAGAGGAGGAGCAAAGGACACUCAGCUGUGUGAAAGUUCCCUUCAUCCCUUCCUGCAACAGGAGACAGGAUGCACCAGAGGGAAACCAGACACAGGUGGACAGGAACUGCUCUUUUCGUACUGUGCUGGUGAUGGAAAAGUGAACUGCUGCCAGCUUUGUGAUGUGAUUGGUCAAGACUUCGAUUUGCCCAUGCAAAUCACUGCCAGUCCAGCACAAGCAUCACCCACUGUUCGGAGUCUGGAAGAGGAACUACAGGAGGCCAUUCAAAGAGUGCAGAUGGACCCUAAUCAAUCCAUAGAUGACAUUUUGGACGAGACUAUUAGUUGUUCAGAUAACUCUUCACUGAUCACAGACUUCCAGUCAGCCACUACCAUCCUUUCAGGCUCUUCCCCUGCCCCACAGCCUGACCAAUCACAGUCCACCAAGCGCCAAAGAGACUACAACUUCCUGUCCUCUCCUCUGUGCUCUUCGCUUCUUUUAGAGCUUCCUCCCUCACCUAGCAAUGGUCCACCCCUCAGUUCAACACCAGCUCCCCUUCCUCCUCCCCCCAUCUGCACCACUCCACCAUCCAGCUCACUGUCCAGGAAAAGAAGGUCAGAGGUUCCUGAUUUUGACCCCGCUGAUUGGCUGGAGUCCUUGACCUCUGGCCUGCAACCGCUCACGCCCCCCACCGCCCCAUUUCUAGAGAGCAAUUUUGGCCUUGACUCAGACCUGAACGUCAACAGGGUCCUUGACCUGAUGGUGGAGCAAUGGUGAGGAAGGGGUGUAGUGUGUGCCUGUAUGUGCGUAUGGCUAAUUGGAUGCAUGAUUGGAAAUUAACCAACUUUCAAAUCAUCUGCCCUCAAGAGAAGUCUCCCUUAUCCUUUCAAACGUUCCCCUGUUUUUGCAUCCAUUCAUCUCUGUCAAUUGAUGUGACCAAACAGAUCUGACUGGUGUUGACUGCUAACCUCUACUCCACGCAAUGUCGAGAGAAAGAGGGAAAUGGAAAAACAGAUAUGCUUUGGUAACUCAUACAGAAAGAUCCACAGAGAGCAUGUGCACAUACGCCACACUUUCACAAUGACUUGUAUUUUUU